AUGCGUGCUGCCUAUCCCUUGCCGGCGGCGCAUGCGCGGUGGUGGGCGGGCGCUGAGGGGAGCUCAAGGAGAGCGGCGCCGCCAUGCCCGGCUCCCUGCAGGUGCCCUCCCUGGAGGAGCUCGACGUGCAGGAGGUGAGCGUCAGCUCGGCCGUGCUGAAGGCCGCGGCCCACCACUACGGCGCGCAGUGCGACCGCCCCAACAAGGAGUUUAUGCUGUGCCGCUGGGAGGAGAAGGACCCGCGGAAGUGCCUGCGGGAGGGCCGCCAGGUCAACCAGUGCGCCCUCGACUUCUUCAGGAAGAUUAAGACGCACUGUGCAGAGCCAUUUACUGAGUACUGGACGUGCAUUGACUAUACCAACUUGCAGGAGCUCCGUCGAUGCCGAAAGCAGCAGGCAGUAUUUGAUAACUGUGUGCUGGAGAAGUUGGGUUGGGUGAGACCUGAUCUGGGAGAGCUCUCUAAGGUUACAAAAGUGAAGACAGACCGUCCUCUGCCUGAGAAUGCCUAUCACUCUAGACCUAGACCAGAGCCAAACCCACCCAUUGAAGGAGAGCUGAAGCCUUCUCCAUUUGGCAGUAGGCUCUUUUUCUGGUCCUGGUAGAGUGGGCAGACCACGCUGUAACUACAGUGCAAAGAUGUAUUGCUUGCAAAUUGUCCAGUAUGUGUUGGGUAUAACUUUAAUGAUUAAAGAACCCCAAACUGUUA